CUCCACGGUACCACUGCAUGCCUCCUGCUUCCUCGGCUUAUCAUUUGACGCGGCGUCCUUAUCACCUGCUAGAGUUAUCGCGUUUUCCGUUUACGUUCGUGCGACGAAUUAAUAUAAAUCGUGUUCCCGUAAACACGAACACCAGCAUAGUAUAAUAUUACGGUUACGAGAUUUGUUUUUUUGUUUAAAAUGGUGUGCGAGAAGUGCGAGAAAAAAUUGGGUGUAACAGCCACUCCCGAUCCUUGGAAACAGGGAUGUCGUAAUGCUAUCGAUACGAAUUCCGUUAGUAAACAGGACAACAAACGAUUACAAACCAUUGGAAAAAUCAAGACUCUAACCGGCUCAACAGUGUCUUCGAAAUCUGCACUUAAGACGGGAUCAUCUUCGGUUAUGUACUCAUUUGGCGUGUGCAGAAUAUGCAAACAGAAGGUGCAUGAACCAGGUAGACACUAUUGCCAGAGUUGCGCUUAUAAGAAAGGUAUUUGUGCCAUGUGUGGCGUACGCAUUUUAAACACUAAAUCUUAUAAACAAUCUGCUACUUGAAAUAAAUUUGACCUGUUACAUAAAUAUGUAUUAAUUACAGUAUAACUGUAACAACUGAAAUAAUUUUACACUACUAAAUGUAAAAUUGUCCUAUUGUAAAUGAGUAACGUUACUGAUUAUAGAUUCUAUAUUUUAUAAUCAUGGUAAUAUGUAUAUUACUUAUUCUUAUUUUAUCAGGUCUCACAAAUUAAUGUACUAAACUAAAAAUAUUACAAAAUAGUGUGUUUAUUUUUUAAAAAUUGUACUUUAUUGUUUUACUUUGUAUAAAUAAUUAAACUGUCAUUGUACUGUA